GCAUACGUUACUGGAGCCUGUUAGACGUCUUGUUUACAGUGCUUGGUGCCAGCAGGCCUUGUGAUAAGACAGCAGUAACGUGGUUUUUAUUGCUCACCUUUAUUCUUUAGGGUCAUUAUAUGAAACCUCCAAUCUGGAGCGAGGCGGCAACAACAGGAAGAAGAAGAUAGAGGAUUUCUCUAGGUCUUCUCGGGAGAAACUAGUCCAGUCGAAGAACAAAAUGUUCUCCAAAUUCACCUCCAUCCUCCAGCACGCUGUGGAAGCGCUCGCCCCAUCGCUGCCCUUGCAGGAGGACUUUGUCUAUCACUGGAAGGCCAUUACACAUUAUUACAUUGAGACUUCUGAUGACAAAGCUCCAGUCACAGACACAAACAUCCCAUCCCACCUGGAACAGAUGCUGGACAUCCUGACCCAGGAGGAAAGGGAGAGGGAGUCUGGAGAGACGGGACCCUGCAUGGAGUACCUCCUACACCACAAGAUCCUGGAGACUCUCUACACCUUGGGCAAGGCAGAUUGUCCUCCAGGGAUGAAGCAGCAGGUGCUUACCUUCUACACAAAGCUGCUAGCACACAUUCGUCAACCUCUCCUGCCACACAUCAAUGUCCACAGACCUGUACAGAAACUCAUCCGUCUGUGUGGGGAGGUGCUGACUGCUCCUACAGAAAACGAAGAGAUUCAGUUCCUCUGUAUAGUCUGUGCCAAAUUGAAGCAGGACCCAUACCUUGUCAACUUUUUCCUUGAGAACAAGACAAAGAGACCUGAGACAAAGAGGCCUGGAGGGACAGAGGUGGUGAAGGAGAAUGUGUUGGCUCCAGAUACCGGUCAGUCUCUGGCAGAGGAACAGGCUGACCGCCCAGAGGAGCUUCAGGCUGCAGCUGCUGCCUCCACUUCUAGUCCAACCAGUAACAAUAGUAACGGCAACAAUUACAAUCUUGUCUCCUCGCUGCUCAACCUCACGAAGAGCCCUGAUGGCAGGAUAGUAGUGAAGGCAUGUGAGGGCCUGAUGCUGCUGGUCAGUUUACCAGAGCCGGCAGCUGCCAAGUGUUUAACUGAAAACACUGGGCUCUGUGAGCUCCUGACUGACAGGCUGGUCUCCUUCUAUAAAGCCCUGCCACAGUCCAUGGACCCCUUGGACAUUGAGACAGUGGAGUCGGUCAACUGGGGCCUGGAUGUAUAUAACCUGAAGGAGGAUGCUGCUGUCUUCACAGGGAAGAGAGCUCUCAUCUCUUUCCUGUCCUGGCUAGAUUACUGUGACCAGCUCAUCAAGGAGGCUCAGAAGUCAGCAGCUGCAGUGAUGGCAAAAGCUGUGAGAGAAAAAUUCUUUGUGUCUGUAAUGGAGCCACAGCUUAUGCAGACGUCCGAGGUGGGCAUCCUGACCUCCACGGCCCUGCUGAACAGGAUCAUCAGGCAGGUGACAUCAGAGGCUCUGAUGCAGGAGAUGAUUUACUUCCUGCUGGGAGAGGAGAAAGAGCCAGAGACUCCAGCUACUAUGGCUCAGAAUCCACUCAGACACAGACUCAUUGAGCACUGCGACCACCUGUCAGAUGAGAUCAGCAUCAUGACACUGCGGCUAUUUGAGCAGUUGAUCCAGAAGCCCAACCAGCACAUCCUCCACAGCUUGGUGCUGCGUAGCCUGGAGGAGAGGAACUACCUAGAGAACAAACCGCAGGAGGAGCGGGAGCCCCUGGAGAACGGGCAGCCCCACGAUGCAGUAGACCUUGAGGAGGAUCCACUGUUUGGUGAUGACCUCUCUCCAGACAGCAGGCUGUCUGGUUCUGAUUGGCUCAGCUCCUCUCCUCCACAGAGCCCUGACAACUCAAAGUCUGACGGGAAGACGGAGGUCCACAAGAUUGUCAACAGUUUCCUGUGUUUGGUGCCCGAUGAGGCGAAGUCAUCGUAUCAUGUUGAAGGCACAGGCUAUGACACCUACCUCAGAGAUGCACACAGACAGUUCAGGGAUUAUUGCGGGGUCUGCCAGCGGUGGGACUGGAGGGGAAAUCCAAAGCCUUUUGAGAAGUGUAACUUGGACAGCCCGUUCUUCGAGGGCCACUUCCUCAAGGUUCUCUUCGACAGGAUGGGUCGCAUCCUAGAUCAGCCCUACGAUGUCAACCUGCAGGUGACGGCCGUGCUGUCCAAGCUGUCGAUGUUUCCACACCCCCACUUACACGAGUACCUGCUGGACCCUUAUAUCAACCUGGCCCCUGGCUGCAGGUCUCUGUUCUCUGUCAUCGUCAGGGUGGUGGGAGAUCUCAUGUUGAGGAUCCAGCGCAUCCCAGACUUCACACCCAAACUGCUGCUCGUGAGGAAGAGAUUAUUAGGUCUGGAGCCAGAGGGCAUCAUUAUCGACCACAUGACUCUGCUGGAGGGGGUGAUCGUGCUGGAGGAGUUCUGCAAAGAGCUGGCCGCCAUCGCCUUCGUCAAAUACCACGCAGCUGCGUCCUCCUCGCCGUAAUCUUCCUGCUGUUCAUCCAUCUGCCUCGGCCAGGCAGACAGGUCAGGAUUACACUGGGCCCUUGUGGGUGUGGUGGUGGCGGCACCGGUGUCACACGGUCGGCAAAACAUUACCACUAACGGCUCAUCCCUGCAAGACUGUUAAAGCCCACACGGACGGUUCAUCACUUCCCCCUCUUCUGGCCUCCACUAUAAAAAGUCUUUGGUCUUGUUUUUGAGAAGGUCGGAGCGCAGACACUGCCCAGCCAGCAGAGGAAUACGAGGAGGAUAGAGGUCGAGGUGCAGAGAGAUGGUCACUGGACUUUUUUUUCAGCCUCUGCAGUUUCUCUCACUCCUCCUUCCCCUUUUCUUUCUCACCAGCUAAAAGACAACCCUGUAAUUAUUCUAUUAUCAAGGAGAAAAGAUGUUUGUGUAUUUAUUUUCCCUCCCAUUAUCACCCAUUUGUAAACAUCAUUGCCUUAGUGUGGAAUCGCACCUUUCAGUUACAGAAGAUUGUUUCCUUUUGAAACAUUUUUAUCUUAACGUGUUGUCUGUUUGAAGACAAGAGGCUGUAGAGGAGUGAAAAAAAGCCCACUACCUUCAACCCCCCUAUAUGUACCUGUAGUUACAUACAUAUCGAACUGUAGUAUUUACCAUACUGCACUCAUAUUUGUAAUGCCAAGUCCUCUUAUUUAUUUGUUUGCUUUCAGGUUGCCUUUUUAACUUCGAUCAAAUGAAUUUAAAACAGUCCAAAGUAAGGACUGACUAAGCAGAUGUUAUUCACUUUAUUUGUUUUUCCUCGUCUUUCCUAAGUUUGUCUUUUAAGUGCUUGUGCUCUCACAACUCAUCUGUAAUCACCCUCACCCAAAGACGUCACCAUCCAUCACAUUUCCCCAAUGAAAUGGUGAAUUUAGCAAAUUAUGUGAAUUUGCACACGGACCUCAUUGCAUUGCAUUAGUCGUUACAUUAUUCAAGUCUAUUCUCGCUUUUUUGGUAAAGUCAAGUUAAGAGACAUUUUGAUUCCACAUAGUUUUAGUUCUCCAGACUCAGUGUUGCAUCGCUCACACACCAGUGUUUAUUUUAUCCAAGGGAUACUGUGUUAUUGUUUUUUACACCAUUUAUAAUUAUUAAUAAUUAGUUUAUUCUAUUGAAGGGAUGCAGAGGAGCAAACCUUUUGAUUUUAUUGACCAUUGUCUUAAAUGCAUCAUUAACUGAGGACGUACUGUAGCUUACAGCAAAGGUUCCUAAUCUUUACCGGCUCUCGACCCCUAAAACAAAGCUCUGUCUACUUGGAAGUGAUUUGUUGCGUCCGAAAUCCCAUACUAAUGUGCUAUUUAGUACACUAAAACAGUAUGUGAGAUUUUUUAGUAUGUUCGAAACCUUAGUAUGAAACCAUUAGGAAGUGAGUUGCAUACUACUUCCGGUAAAAUAUUACAGUAAUGCAAUAGGGCUGCACAAUUAAUCAAAAUUUGAUCGAAAUCGUAAUAUGGCCUACUGCAAUUUUCAAAUCGCACGAUAAGGAGAAAAUCACAAUAUUUGUCAAAGGGGAAAUGUGUGUCAAAAUAUAAUUUUAAAUUAAAUAUUGUGGUGCUGCAGAGACGUCCUGGCCUACACAUCAUAUUAAAAAAGAUUAAGAUUUAAGAAAACAUCUUUUUUACCCCCUUCCUCCUUCCCUCAAGAGGCUUUGCCUUUUGCCAGGCCGCCAUUGUAAAUAAGAAUUUGUUCUUAAUUGACUUACCUGGUUAAAUAGAGGUUAAAUAAAUUUGGUUCAGAUCUCC